AUGCUCACGAAACAACGAGCUCAGACCAAAAUCGAAUUCGUUAAACUGAUCGGAUCACAAUUCCACGUACGCAAAGCGGCUCUUGAAUUUGCUGGCAAUUGUAUAGAAAAGGAAUCGGAACCGGUGUCCACAGCCCCUACCGUGGAGGCAAGAGAUCUGGACUCAUUCCCGUGGUUGAUUUUUUUUGGAGUGCUCAUUUUACUCAUUUUGCUCUCUAUUCUGAUUUGUACCGUAUGCAGUGCGAUAAGAAAAAACAAGAAGAAGGUGAAUAUGGAAAAACCCUCUGACUACAUGAGUAAAGGCAUGCCAGUGGUAUUUCCGGAGGAAGUAGCCGAAGAUUUUGAAAUGGCACACGCUGCAACUCCAAUGUUGACUAAAGAAGAACGUCCUCCACUCAAGGUAUCACAACACGAGAAUCCUCUCUACAAACCACCACCUCCGUUGGCAGCAGCGUCACCGCGGCUCGGUGCAACUAGCACUGUGCCAAAUCAGAGAAUGCCUCCAACUUAUGUGCCUCCUUGA